AUGAGCUCCUCAUCGGCUUCGUCCUCUUCUUCCGUCCGAACAUCCUCCCCGGGUGCAUCCUACAGCAACUUCCGAAGUCCGGCACGGGAACUCACCAACAUCGCCGCCGUCUCGCCCAUCUUGGGUGCCUCAUACUCGUCGAGCCCCACGAGCUACCUCCGUCGUCAGCCGUCCGCCAUUGACUUGGCUCUGGAGGAAGAGAAAUACGCCGACCACGUCGAGCUGCUGGGGUUGGGUCUCCUCGAACCCAGGCCUCGGGCCAAUACUUCGUCGACCGUCUCUUCUCGACCAUGCUCGAUGAUGGACUUUAUGCAUGACAGCAUGCAGACCCCCGUGGUUCUGGACGGGAUCUUUGAAGUCCUGGAGCGGGCAUGA